AAAAGGAACUAAAGUAAAGUAAAGAAAUCACUGUGUAUAGUUCCCAAAGUACCGUUCAGUGAAUAGUUCCCUUUUGAACUCGCACUGCAUCAGCCGAUGAAUUAAAAAAUAAAAUAAUGUUUAAACUAAUACAAUUUAAUAAUGUACUCAAUGUUAGUACAAAAUACUGUUCACGUUACAUGUCCGUAUGUGCUAAAUCUCUAAAAUUCUCGGAAUAUGGAGAGCCAACAGAUGUUUUGCAAUUGGUUGAGGAAAAGCUGGACAGUCCAAAGGACAAGCAGGUCUUGGUGAGGAUACUUGCGGCACCCAUUAAUCCAGCCGAUAUUAAUACAAUACAAGGAAAAUAUCCCGUUAAACCCAAGUUCCCUGCCAUUGGAGGCAAUGAAUGUGUUGCUGAGGUCCUUGAGGUUGGCGCUAGUGUUCAAAAAUUACAAAAAGGACAACAUGUUGUACCCUUUGCCACUGGUAUGGGUACCUGGACCACUCAUGCUCUUUACAAUGAAGAUCAAUUAAUGCCGGUUUCAAAUAACAUUGGCCUGGCUGAGGCGGCCACUAUCACAGUCAAUCCUUGCACGGCAUAUCGCAUGAUUAAAGAUUUUGUUAAACUUUCGCCGGGUGAAUGUGUUAUACAAAAUGGUGCCAACAGUGGUGUGGGACAAGCUGUCCAUCAACUGUGUAAAUCAUGGAACCUCAAAUCGGUGGGCAUUGUUCGAGAUCGUCCCGACAUUAAUGGUCUCAAAGAUCACUUACGUAAUUUGGGAGCCACUGAGGUGUUGACCGAAGAGGAGUUACGCACCACAACACUGUUCAAAAGUGGUAGUUUGCCAAAACCCCGAUUAGCCUUAAAUUGUGUGGGCGGUAAAAGUGCCACGGAGGUGGGACGUCAGCUGGCUGACAAGGGUGUGCAUGUGACAUAUGGUGGUAUGUCAAGGGAACCGGUUAUUGCUGCCACAGCUGCUCUGAUAUUUAAAGAUAUUGCAUUCCGUGGUUUCUGGAUGACCCGAUGGACCAAAGAAAAUGCCUUGUCCGAGGAACGUAUGCAAAUGUUUGCCGAAUUGUGUGAUUUAAUGUUGCAAAAGAAAUUUGUUGCUCCCGUUCAUGAAUUGGUGCCAUUAGAGAAAUUCAAAGAAGCCACGGCAGCUGCUUUAAAUUUCAAGGGAUUCACUGGAAAGAAGUACAUUUUGGAUAUGAGAAAUUGAGAUUCUAUUGAUGCAAAACAUGUUGGCAUAGAAAAGUUAAUCAGAAGUAUAAUCAUAUUGUAAUGAUUUAAAAUAUCUAAUUUGUAUAACAAAAUGUAAUUGCAUUGUAAAUGUAAUGUAAAAAAUAAAAUUACCGGAACUUAUACUAAAUUUGUAACCCUACCCACUAUUCAUAUGUCAAUAUAAAUGAGCCAUUGCGGUAAGCUUGAGAAAUUUAGUGGCAUUCUUUGUGAUUUUUUUUAACAAUGACGCAUUCUAAUUGUAAUGUGUUCCUCGACUAUCUCCCCUCUCACAUACCAGACGUGUUUAUGUUAAUAAGUUUAAAAAUUAGUACGUAAAUGCAAAUGGUUACUAAAAAUAAUCCUUAUUGUAUGCAAUAAAUUUCGUAAACCCUUUGCGGUAUCCUUGCAAAAAUG